UCGACGCAUCUCUGCCCCCGCUGCAGCUAGAAGCGCUCGCCGCGGCUCAGCUCUACACCCGUCCGUCCGUCCAACCCCGACAACAACCUUCGCACCUUCAGCAGACAGAAUGGCAGCGCACCACCCAGAGUUCGAGAAGGCCGGACAGAAGCCAGGCCUCCAGGUGUGGAGGGUGGAGAGCUUUGACCUGGUGCCCGUUCCCGAGAACCUGUAUGGGGGAUUUUACAGCGGAGACGCCUAUCUCAUCCUCAACACCAUCAAACAACGCUCAGGGAACCUGCAGUAUGAUCUCCAUUUCUGGUUGGGUGAUCACUGCACCCAGGAUGAGAGCGGCUCAGCGGCCAUCUUUACAGUCCAAAUGGACGACUUCCUCGGCGGGAAACCUAUCCAGUAUCGCGAGGUCCAGGGACACGAGUCCAAAACCUUUAUGGGCUACUUCAAGUCUGGCAUCAAAUACAUGAUAGGAGGUGUGGCAUCUGGGUUCAAGCACGUCGUCACCAAUGAGGUGGUGAUGCAGCGGCUGUUGCAGGUCAAAGGUCGUCGUGUUGUCCGGGCAACAGAGGUGCCGGUCAGCUGGGACAGCUUCAACAUGGGAGACUGCUUUAUCCUGGAUAUGGGUGAUGAGAUCUUCCAGUGGUGUGGCUCCCAGAGCAACCGCUUUGAGAAGCUGAAGGCCACGCAGGUCGCCAAGGGUAUCCGUGACAACGAGCGCAGCGGGAGGGCCCGAGUGUACGUCUGUGACGAGGGGAUGGAGAGAGAGAAGAUGUUAGAAGUUUUAGGCCCUAAACCAGAUCUGCCUGUCGGAGCCUCUGAUGACAUCAAGGCUGAUGCUUCCAACAGGAAGAGGGCCAAACUCUACAAGGUGUCCAAUGCCAGCGGAGGAAUGACCAUCGCACUGGUGGCAGCAGAAAACCCGUUCGCCCAGAGCGCCCUGGAGUCCGGUGACUGCUUCAUUCUGGACCACGGCUCUGACGGCAGGAUCUUCGUCUGGAAGGGCAAAGACGCCAACAUGGACGAGCGAAAGGCGGCGAUGAAGGCGGCGGAUGAGUUCAUCAAGAAGAUGGGUUACCCCAAACACACGCAGGUCCAGAUCCUGCCAGAGAUGGGCGAGACGCCGCUAUUCAAGCAGUUCUUCAAAAACUGGCGGGACAAAGAUCAGACAGAGGGCCUGGGCAUCGCCUACAUCGCCAACAGCAUCGCCAAGAUCGAGAAGGUGGCCUUCGACGCCGCCACCCUGCACGAGUCUGCUGCCAUGGCCGCCCAGCACGGCAUGGUGGAUGACGGCAGCGGAGAGAAACAGAUCUGGCGCAUUGAGGCUUCUGACAAGGUGCCAGUGGAUCCGUCCACAUACGGACAGUUCUACGGAGGAGACAGCUACAUCAUCCUGUACAACUACUCUCAUGGAGGACGCCAGGGACACAUUAUCUACAUGUGGCAGGGAAUGGACUCCAGUCAGGAUGAAAUCGGGGCGUCCGCGAUCCUCGGCGCCCAGCUGGAUGACGAGCUCGGCGGUGGUCCUGUACAGGUGAGGGUGAUGCAGGGUAAGGAGCCGGCCCAUCUCAUGAGUCUGUUUGGAGGAAAGCCCAUGGUGGUGUACAAGGGAGGAACGUCCAGAGACGGAGGUCAGUCCGCUCCUGCUGAAACUCGACUCUUCCAGGUGCGCUCCAACUCCGCUGGACACACCAGAGCUGUGGAGCUGGACGCAGUGGCAUCCAACCUGAACUCAAAUGACGCGUUUAUCCUGGUGACCGCCGGAGACUCCUUCAUGUGGGUGGGAGUUGGUGCCAGUGACACAGAGAAGCAGGGAGCUCAGCAGCUGUGUGAAAUCCUGGGAGUGUCGACCUCCGAGCUCUCUGAGGGAGGAGAGACAGAUCAGUUCUGGGAGGCUCUGGGAGGUAAGACAGAAUACCGCACUUCUACCAGACUCAAGGACAAGAUGGACAGUCAUCCACCCAGACUCUUCGCCUGCUCCAAUAAGACUGGAAACUUCAUCAUCGAAGAGGUACCUGGGGAGCUGACCCAAGAUGACCUCGCCACUGAUGAUGUCAUGAUUCUCGACACCUGGGAGCAGGUGUUUGUCUGGAUCGGUAACGAGGCCCAGGAGGAAGAGAAGACUGAAGCAAUGGCGUCUGCGGUCCGUUACAUCGAGACAGAUCCGGCUAAUAGGGACCGCAGAACCCCCAUUGUGAAGAUCAAGCAGGGCUUCGAGCCACCCACCUUCACCGGCUGGUUCCUGGGCUGGGACCACGACUACUGGACCAGCGACCCCCUGGAGCGUGCUAUGGCUGAACUGGCCCUGUGAGCUCUCACCUGACCCUCCCCUCCUCUCUCUGUCAGCCCCCGCUGCUCCGCUACAAGCACUGAGCUCCAAUCAUGAGACUUUUUUCAGCUGCCAGUACACAAUGAACCAAGAGGAGUUUCUUUUUUUUUUUUUUUACUUUCUGUAAUAUUUUUAAGGGAUACAGGUCGAUGAAGCAGUGUUUUUAGUCACUUUGUCACUCAUUCUAGUAAUGCCUUUUUACCUGUUAGUAGAACUUCAACAGACACACUGACUUCCUGUAGGGUUUUGCACUAAAUACAACCUGCUACCAUGUUUAUAGAAGACAGUUUUCUCAUUUAUAUUAUAUUUUGAAAAACCUGUUCUCUAGUGAAAUACUGCAACAGCAAACACAUGGCAAAAAAUCCUCAAUGUGCUAUAACCUCUGAACUCACUGCCAAGAAAACACCACCUAGAAAAAGCAAUACAAGUGAUGCCUUAAUAUCCUUUCCUUUAGUUUACAUUAAACCUGCUUUUUUCUUUCUUUUUU